AUUAUGCAGGAAAUCAUUAACUCAUCACUUACUGUUAAAUAGGGAGCUUGUAGCAGUCUUCAGGGAAACGAAGCAGCAGGAGGCAGGUGGGUAGAGGUGUUUACAUUCAUUUACAAAAUGGCGCUAAUGUUCCAAAGUGACGUUGAUCACUGUACGUAUUUACAAAGUUCGGACUUCAAACCUCAAUAUUUCAAGGAAGAAGCCUUCAAUCAUGUUAACAUAAAAAAGAUUUACCAUAAGACACAUGUGGGGUAAACCUGGUACGAAUGCAGCCUCUCCUGUUGAGAUUCCAAAACCCAUCUGACAAGAAAAUCACUAAAUGGGUGUUUACUGUGAAUCCACUUGGUCACUCCUUGGACUACACCUUUAAUGUUGGGAAACAUAAACAUUUUCAACUGGGAAAUGAAACACUCUCAAGUGGUGGGAAUGUGGAUAGUGCACUACCUAUAGGAGACGCCUAGUAAAGUAGCCUAGUUUUAAAGCAUAACCAAUUGGUCCUGAUGAGACAAAACCUUCCAUUCUGGACCAUGUCAUACACACAUCCUCCUGGCUGUUAUACUUUCAUUUUUAUGUGGAAUAUACAAAGCUGGAGUGGAAAAUAUUUACGGAGCUAUGCCCAAUCAUAUAAUUAUGGCAGCCUUGCACUUCAUUCUCUGUUUGCUUGUUUGAUUGUGGCCCACACUCAAGUAGCUAACAGUGAUAUUGUGGGUUAUCUGAGUGCAUGAAUUCCUAUGUAAUUGUGGCUUUAGCUUGUGGUGCAUGUAGGAUACCAGCUGGCACCAGGAAGCCCACUUCACUGCCAUACUCAAAGUUACCACUGCAGCAUUGAGGCAUUCACAGCCUAAAAUGGUGCUUUGUGGGAUUAGCUGACCCACACGGUGUAUUAACCAACCCUUUUUUCUAUGUAAAAUAUGGACUAGUCAGGGAUCUGUGUUGUGAGACUCUCUUUGUUUGUCUUGCAGUAUGGACGGUCAGACAGCUACCGCGUGGCCACCACGACGGAGAAGGACGAGAAGGAGUCCCCCAAGAAGGCGGACUCCAAGGCAGACAAGAAGGUCAAGGACAUGGAGGAAUUGAAGAAGGAAGUUCCCUUGACGGAACACAAGAUGUCCAUCGAGGAGGUAUGCCAGAAGUACUCUACCGACAUAGUCCAGGGUCUGACCAACGCUAAGGCCGCGGAGUACCUGGCUCGUGACGGCCCCAACGCCCUCACUCCCCCCCCCACCACCCCAGAGUGGAUCAAGUUCUGUCGCCAGCUGUUCGGUGGCUUCUCCAUCCUGCUGUGGACUGGCGCCAUCCUCUGUUUCCUGGCCUACGCCAUCCAGGCCGCCACCGAGGACGAGCCCGCAGGAGACAAUUUGUACCUGGGUAUCGUUCUCUCGGCUGUGGUCAUCAUCACCGGCUGUUUCUCCUACUUCCAGGAGGCCAAGAGCUCCAAAAUCAUGGAGUCCUUCAAGAACAUGGUGCCCCAGCAAGCGCUGGUGAUCCGUGAGGGCGAGAAGAUGCAGAUCAACGCUGAGGAGGUGGUGGCUGGAGACCUGGUGGAGGUGAAGGGAGGAGAUAGGAUCCCCGCCGACCUCAGGAUCGUCUCUGCUCACGGCUGCAAGGUAAACCUACACACACAGACACAGCAUAUGUUUUACUAUCCUUGUGGGGACCAAAACAUUUAUUUGAUUAAAAAAAAUCACAUUUAAAAAACCUAACCCUAA